ACAUCGGGUCACAUGACCAGCACCUCCCUGCUAAGGAUGGGGAUAGAUUUCCACGUCAGCCUACGUCUCCAAAUUUCUACUUCACGGAUCCGCUUCAAAGAGGCAGCUGCAGUGGAGAAUCAUGUUAAGCUCGGCUACUGCGGAGCGCCCAAGGUAGCCAAUGAUGGAUUUUGAUGAGCGUGGUCCCUGCUCCUCUAACAUGUACUUGCCAAGUUGUACUUACUACGUCUCGGGUCCAGACUUCUCCAGCCUCCCUUCUUUCCUGCCCCAGACCCCGUCUUCGCGCCCAAUGACAUACUCCUACUCCUCCAACCUGCCCCAGGUCCAACCCGUGCGCGAAGUGACCUUCCGGGAGUACGCCAUUGAGCCGGCCACUAAGUGGCACCCCCGCGGCAAUCUGGCCCACUGCUACUCCGCGGAGGAGCUCGUGCACAGAGACUGCCUGCAGGCGCCCAGCGCGGCCGGCGUGCCCGGCGACGUGCUGGCUAAGAGCUCGGCCAACGUCUACCACCACCCCACCCCCGCCGUCUCCUCCAAUUUCUAUAGCACGGUGGGCAGGAACGGCGUGCUGCCGCAGGCGUUCGACCAGUUUUUUGAGACUGCCUACGGCACCCCGGAAAGCCUCGCCUCCUCCGACUACCCCGGGGACAAGAGCGCCGAGAAGGGGCCCCCGGCGGCCACGACGACCUCCGCGGCGGCGGCGGCGGUGACGGCGGCCACGGGCGCGCCGGCAACUUCAAGUUCGGAGAGCGGCGGCGGCGGCGGCGGCGGCGGCGGCUGCCGGGAGGCGGCGGCGGAGAAGGAGCGGCGGCGGCGCCCGGAGAGCAGCAGCAGCCCGGAGUCGUCUUCCGGCCACACUGAGGACAAGGCCGGCGGCUCCAGUGGCCAACGCACCCGCAAGAAACGCUGCCCCUACACCAAGUACCAGAUCCGGGAGCUGGAGCGGGAGUUCUUCUUCAGCGUCUAUAUCAACAAAGAAAAACGCCUACAGCUGUCCCGCAUGCUCAACCUCACCGACCGCCAGGUCAAAAUCUGGUUUCAGAACAGAAGAAUGAAGGAAAAAAAAAUUAACAGAGACCGUUUACAGUACUAUUCAGCCAACCCGCUCCUCUAAGGUUCCCGCAGGCUGGAGAUGGGUGGGGGGACGCAGACACAGGAGAUAAAAUGCAAGAUUUUGCCCUUGACUAGGUCAAGCCACGUGGUGACUGUUGAAGAAAAAAAAGAAAAAAAAAAGGUGUUCAAGAGCGGGGAGGCUACCCAGAGAAUAGCCCAGCAGGAGGGGCCUGGGACUGUCUCCGUUAGGUUCUGAGAAGAAUCGAAUUCUGAGUUGUGCAUCAAGGAGAAUGAGCAGUUUGGGGACCCGUGGUGGUUCAGUCUUGGAGCCUGUGGAGCAUUGGGCUGGGUGUGGUCUCCAGUGAGGACUGGGCCCCCUGCCAGGCCCCCUGGAGGCCGGCCCCCUCCCCCAGGACCCUCCACACCGGAGCUGCCCACCCCCAGGACCCCUGCAUCAAAAGGCUAUGUGCUCUCUCUGCUAGUCCGGUUCAGUGUGGGGACAGGGGUGGGAGGAAGGGGGAGGAUUCCUAGAGACCGGGAAUGGGGCUGUUUCCAAAGCCAAUGUGAAAGGCAGCUGGACCAAGAGGUGGCCGUGAGGAGGAAGAGGGCUACAGAUCCCUGAGUGCAAAGGAAUCUCCCAUUCCAGGUGGCCUCUCGGCCUCCUACCCCCAACCCGGCUGCCCACCGCACUGUCCUGGGCCUGAGCUGCGAGCGGCCGCCUCCAGCAGUCCACUUGGCUUUGCUUCCUACCAAGCGGGGUCUUGGUCCCAGCCUGCAUCCCAGGCCCAGCGCUUGGUUGCAGAGCAGGCUGCUGCCAGAGGCUGUGCCUAGGCUGCUGGCCCCGGUCGCGAGCUCUGCAGGCUGCGGCCCUUCGGCAAGGCCAGCACCACACUUAGCGAAGCUUGGAUUUUCUUGGUGUCCGGCAGGAGAGCGGCAGGCCUGGCCAGCAGGUCCUAGGCCAUGGCUAUGAGGGACUUGGGUCCCUCCAAACACCCAGUUCCGGUGCCAUGCUCGGCCCUCACUGGCUCCAGAACUGAGCUCAGAAUCUUCCGACCACCUUCGAAGAGCCUGAGAGUGAUUUGGAAUUAUUUUAAAAGAUAAAUAUUAUAUUAUAUAUAUAUUUCCCUGAAGGAACCAAAGCGAAUUUUAAAAGAUGCAAUGUAGAGAGGGGGGAAAAGAUGAUGAGAAUAUUUAAAGGCUCUAUCUGUUUACAGUGUCCCACGAUUAAACUCUCGUUCACUGCUAAGAGUAUUUGAAUGUAUGCUUCAUACAGGGAUGGUGUUCAAAAGACUUGUAAAUAAAGGAACC